GAGAGAGAGUGAGAGGGGGGAGAGAGAGAUGGGUAAGUACAUGAGGAAGUGCAGAGGGGUCGGAGGGGAAGUAGCGGUGAUGGAAGUGUCGCAGGUGGUGGGGGUGAGAACGAGGGCCCGGACCCUGGCUCUCGCCUCCGCCUCCCCCGCGGCGGCGACAGCGGAGAGAGCGGGUUCGAAGCGGAGGAAGGUGGCGGGGGCCGCGGGGGUGGUCCAGAAUUCUUACCUCCAGCUCCGGAGCCGGAGCGUCGUCAUGACCUCGCGAAGGACACCGGCAAAUUCUGGCGGCUCGCGGGCGCGGUGCCCCAGCCCCGCCCCGGACCGCCUCUCUCGCAGCUCCAGCAACGCGUCCAGCGAGGUCGCCUCCGUCGAGGACCCCCGGCCGCUCCAAGGAUCCGGCGAUCCAGAGGUUGACGACGAGUUGGAGACUUUGCCAAGUCAUUUCGAGUGCAGCAGAGAGAGGAGGGAAACGACGCCGUCGAGCGAGCUGCGUGUCGAAUCGGGCGAUCUGGAAUCAACGGCGGAGAAGAGGAAAUCGAGGAGAUCGGCGACAGAGAUGGCGGCGGCCGUAGUGAUGCCGCCAGUGGCGGAGAUCGAGGAGUUCUUCGCGGCCGCGGAGAGAGCCAACUCGGAGAAUCUGCGACUCUUCGGCGACAGGUACAACUACGACGUCGCCAACGACGUUCCGUUGGAUGGCCGGUACGAGUGGGUUCGAUUGGAGCCAUGAUCACCAGAAGAAGGGGAAAAAGAAUAAAGAACAGGAAAUUUUUAUUUUAUUAUUGUCUUUUUUUCCUUUUUAAAAAUUAGGGAAUUAAUGUACAGCACUGUAAGUUAACGACCGCCUUCUCUUCCGUUGUCCCUAUCUUGCUGUAGUACGAGAUAUACGGAGAAGCUUCUGAACCGAAGCCCCGCUCCCUUCGUCUCGUUUCGGGUGGGGAAGAGGAUCAUUUUAAAAGUUUAAUAAAUUGUUCCCCCCUAUUUUCUCCC